GGGAUACUGGGCGCUUCCCCCAUUUCUUUGAAAUGCUUUGUUUUAGUGACCUUGCUGUUCUCGCGGGAGCAUGGAAUCGGAGUAGGGAUGAGUUUGACGACGAACUGAGGGUCUUGUGCGAGAAACUUGAGUUGAGAAAACAGGAGUAUGCUAGGGAAUGUAGGGAACUGGGGGGAAGAUCUGCCAGGGUGGAAGGAAUCCUCCUGAGGAUCGGGGGUGUGGAUGACCCGCACCUGGAAGGGCGGGUACCCAAGACCCGGAUGGGCGGUUCGCCUACCGCAAGAGGCAACCGAGCAGCGAAAUGCGAUGAACUUGCGAUCAAGGCGGCGGAGGAGGAGGAGAUGGAGCGGGCGAUCACCGCCAUUACGGCCACUAUCAAGGAUUCCCCCCUCACAACCAGGGGGGCGGGUGCUAAUGCCUCUGAACGGGACCAGUACACGGCGUUCGCUCCCUUAGCAUCCACGUAUUGGGUGGAGCACAUAUCCACGGUUUUCCGGCAUGCGAUUUGGAAGAUGGAGACCUUUAACCAUAUCACACCGAUCUCCAUCAGAGCACUCCAGUUCUUGGGGAAUGUCACAGAUGCACAAGUGAAGGAGUGUAGGGCACAAGUAUUGAAAGGGAAGCUGAAGUUCUCCGGGAGAGUCCCCCCACUAGACCCUCAGGACCUUAAAUUCCCACCCAUGCACGCAUUAGAUCCGGAUAAAUGUGGGAAAACAAGCUCGGGGAUGUGGCAGAAAGCUAUUAGACAACAAGACAGGUUAGACCUUAGGAACCUAAAGAAGAUAUGGAGUGUGGGUAGACCCUAUCUCAAGUGCAAAUGCAAGAAGGACAGAAACGAGGAUUGCGGAGACACCGCACUGUGGUUUGACCAUGCCCUUUGGUAUCUACUUGCACACCCGCAUAUAUUGUUUCCAGAUAUGUCCUCGAUCAAAAUUAGGACCUCGAUGUUAAUCAGCUACCUCAGGACCACAUGGAGGGACGGGGUACUUGCCGCCAUUAGCUUGCACUUUCUCAGAGAUCUGAUGAUGGGAUAUGUCAGGGAACUCGAGAGGGAUACGACACUCGACACGGAGAGCUUGCUGAAGGAAGAUCGCUUAUGGAACUAUCCGAUCCCUGCGUUACUCGCACGAAUUAUGCUCCCCACGCGGAUCGCCGAGAAGCCAACGAGGUUCCCGCUCAGCUCUCUGCGAGCAGCAGCGCGGAAGAGGGGUGGGGGCGCGCAGAUACGAGGCCAGACCACGUUCAACUUUCGCAGGAUGGCACCGGCCUUCAUGACGCACAUGGCGGUCACAUUGGAAUGUACCAUCGCCACCCUCCACACCAAGAUCACGUGGGAGGAAUUCGAGAAGAAAUGGAAGACCCGGUUCAUGGUCAACAACGACAAGCAUCACGCCUUGAACAAGAUCUUUCGCAUGUUUCAAGGCCAACAACCUUCACGGGAGUGGCUGACGGAGUGGCGAAGACUCGUCGCCACCCCGGAGUUGAACUUACCGUUCGACACAAUCCGGGCCGAAUUCUUCGCUCGGUCAUGCGACGGCUUGACAAUUGCUCUCGGUAGCGAAUUCCAGUAUGAGACCUUCGAUGACAUGAUCUCAAAGGCAAGAGAACUAAUCCAAGUACCACCUCCGUCGACGGACGGCGGAGUAGUGGUUGUUGACCUUCGUAACUAUCUUGCGAAGAUCGACCGCGAGCACGCAACGCAAUGCCAUGGCGUUUCGGAAGACAUCGUCAGCGAUCGCGACACUCGUUUCAUGUCAGCCUUUUGGACGGCACUCAUGGUGGAAUCCGACACCAACACGAAACCGAGUUUCGCACGACAUCCUCAAAUGGAUGGGCAAACGGAACGUGCGCACCAGACUGCGCAGAUGAUGCUCCGCACACUCAUCCGCCCGCAUCAGAAGGACUGGGUUGACCACCUUCUCGACAUUGAGUUCGCCUACUACACUUCGGUGCACCCGGCGAUUGGCGUGACUCCAUUCGAGUUGCAUGACGGUGGACGGAAAGGACGUAUCUUCGCAAACAUUUUGCUUCCACGGGGUGCCGAUAUUGACGUCGGUUGCUCCCCCGCUUCUACACGGAAGUACAGGGAACUGCUGGCCAAAGCCCGCGCGAACAUGCGAAAGGCUCAGGUCAAUAUGCAGCAGCAAGCGAACCGGCAUCGCAUCCCAUGUUCGCAGCCCUAAGGCUGCGGUAUAGUGGGCUUCGGCGUCUGCGUCAAGGUGUCGCAUUUUCAGCG